UCUCACACGUCACAAACAGACAAGAACACACACAGUAACAGUGCAUGGAAGUAGAAAUGGAUGUUUCAGGAGUACACCACCAUCAUCACCAGCAGGAUAUGUCUUCACAAACACUAGAGAGCAUGUUGGCGUGCAACAAAGCACAACAAGAUAAGAAACCACGGCCGCCAGAGGAGGCUCUGAAAUGCCCAAGAUGUGAUUCCAGCAACACCAAAUUCUGCUACUACAACAACUACAGCCUCACUCAGCCCAGAUACUUUUGCAAAUCCUGCCGGAGGUACUGGACUAAAGGUGGAACCCUAAGAAAUGUUCCGGUGGGUGGAGGCUGCCGGAAGAACAAGAGAUCCUCAACAUUAUCAUCGGCCACCUCCUCCAAUUCAUCAUCAUCCUCUGCACUUCCAAAGAUCAGAGGUCCCCAAGAUCACCACCUCAUCCAACAACAUCAUCAACAGCAACAUCCACUCAAUAUCAUGACAUCUAAUUCUAACAAUCAUCUCCUCGCAGGUCUAGCUCACUUGCCUUAUGACUCAACCUGCACUGAUCUCUCCCUAGCUUUUGCUAGGCUCCAGAGUCAAGGAAAUGGCCACCUGGGUUAUGACCACUUUGACCAUAGUGACCAUCAUUUGGGCAAUAAUGAUCCAAAUUCCAACCAUCCUCUUACCCCUCAAGGUAACCACUUGGGUUUUCUGGAUGCAAUCAGGGGUGGGUUUCUUGAGAACAGUACCCCAAAUGGGUUUCACAAUAAUAUGUUGUAUAAUGGGGGUAAUAUUGGGAACGGAAACUUGAUGGGUUUAAACAACGGUAGUAGUAGCAAUCACGAUGAAGAUCAAGAAAUCAUGAACCACCAGAUGUUUGAUGAUCAUCAAGAAGUACCCCUGAUGAACAACGGUAACAGUAGUUGUGGUGCAGCAACAACAGCAGUGACCAUGACAACAGUGAAGCAAGAAACAUGCAACAUGAUGAGAUCAAGUGAUCAGUUGGGAAUGGGAGAGAAUAGACCAGGGGUAUUAUGGGGAUUUCCAUGGCAGAUGGGUGCUGGUGGUGGUGGAGAUCAAGGGAACAUGAUCCAUGAGGUUGAAUCAGGUGGGAGAUCACAACUUGGAGGAUGGAAUGGGAUUGGUUCAACAACUUGGCAUGGACUCAUAAAUAGCCCUCUAAUGUAGCACCAGUAGAACUAUAGAUAUCAUCUUGUUGUUUAGUUAAUGUUAGUGCAGGAGAGUUUAAUUUACAUUUAAGAUCUUUUGUUUCAUGGGAUGGAUGGGGGGAAGGAUAGAUUUCUGUACUUGUUUUUAACUAUAUUUGUUUGUUUGUCUUAUGUUUCACAGUCUAAGACU